AUUGAAGGGGCCGGUCGCAGUGAUUUGAGCGGCGAUCGGCGUACAAUAGCACUGCGACGCUGCCGGUGAAUCCUUCCCUGCACCCGAAAGAGAAGGUCCAGAUUUGAGACUAGCAUCUCACUGCAGAUCCAUUAGAUGCGUGGACUCGUAUCAGGUCUUGGCAAUAGCACCCCGGUGGCAUCGUGUGCGAUCCUUCGGGCUGAAGCUCCCCCAUAAAUGCCCAGGUGCCCACGGCUCGGGCACGCCUUGAUGGCCUCGAAGGUAUUCAAAAAAGCAUAGCAGAUCUUAAAAAGGACCCCGUCUGUCUUCCACAGCACAGAAUGCUGCUACCAGUGAGCGUUGUGCUCUCCUCGGCCAUGGCCGCCACUGCGUGUGUCAUUCCGGACGAGCCACUGUCCAACAACAUUCCAGAAGGCUUUGCGAUCCAACUGCAGAACUCGUCCUUCCCGGAUAUUCACAACCACUUCCUCAACAUCUGGGACUGGGGCCAAGGUGACCAGCAUCUUUUCGUCAGCCCCGCCGGCAACUCGACCAACGAGCUGACGCUGGUGGACGGGGUUAUUACGCUGCCGUGGAGUCCACCGCGGCGUGCCUGCAUCAAUGGAGAGUACGAGGUCAAGGACAAUACGACCAAGAUCUUUAUGACGGACCGCAGUGACCCCCGUGCCAUCUUCAAUGUCGCGUACGGCUGCAACCCCGACACGGACGCGCUGCAGACGGAGCUCCACAUUGCCUCCCGAGGUGACCUGGCCCAAGGGGGCACUGUCGGCGUGCGGCCAUUCAACUUCAUGUACGACUUCCGUUGGAUUCCGGAAGGGACCACAGCUUAUGACCCUGAUCGCCCGUUUACAAAGGUGACUCUUGUGGUGGUUCAUCCUUGAUGGCGGACAAGGGCUAGGGGAGGCCAGGGAUGGAAGCCUCCUUGCUGGAUGAUGUGGAGAGGAGUGUCUCACGGACGCGAGGUGGCUGGUAAGAACCCUGGAAGCUCUUUUAUAAAUGCCCCAUGGCGAUAAACGGUGGUUCAGUGAUGGAAAGUGUCAUUUCUAAGGUGCCCUCAGGUGGAUGGAUGGUGCUGACCGCCAUUGUAUGUUUUUUAAACGCCGGGUCUGUAUGUCUUCGUACGUAUAGGGAAUAGUGCAACCACUGCACCAGGACCGAGCGGUGAUAAGAGUGAGGCCGAAUUAAGAUGUGGCCCAAGCGCCUUGGCAUGCUCGCUGCAUGUGGUCUUGUACGCCCGUCUCCAUUCCCAGGUACCUAGGUACCUACCUACCUAGGUACCCAGGCAGGUAACUAACCUAGGUACUUAGUAGGUACCUUAGGUAGGCAGGUAGUCAAAAUACGGCCUGGUUGCUC